CUUUGCAGUGUCUCCUGUGAGUACUCACCUGGUGACUUGGUCUGGGCCAAGAUGGAAGGUUACCCUUGGUGGCCCUGUCUCAUAUACAACCACCCGACUGAAAGAACAAUUGUCAGAGGAAGAGGGAAAUCCGUUCGUGUCCACGUGCAGUUCUUUGAUGACAGCCCUACAAGGGGCUGGGUCAGUAUUAAGUAUUUGAGGCCAUAUAAAGGUUCCUCAGAUGGGGAGACAAUGAAGGGAGGUAUCUUUUACAGUACAAAGCCUGAAAUUAAAAGAGCAAUGGUGCUAGCGGAUGAUGCCAUGAGUAAAGAUACAGCUGAGCGCCUUGAGCUGGCAGUGUGCUGUGAACCAUCAGAUACUGAGGAGGAAGAAGCAGAGCAGAUGAGUGAAAGUGCAUCAGGCGACAGCGAUGACUGCAAUAGUGAGGAGGAUGUGAAGAGUAAUAAGAGAGUAAUGCGCAGGGAGAGUUCUGUAAAAGCAAAAAGAAGAAGAGUGGUGGAUUCUGACAGUGAUCGUGAUGGUUCUGAUGUAGAGUUCAAGCCUGACGUGAAGGAAGCAGGAAGCAGUGAGGAAGAAGCUAGUAGUGGGGUGGAUGAACAUGAAUCUGCUGAUGCAGAGACAGACGCAGAGAGUGUUGAAGAAAGUCCCAUAAAAGUCCCUACUAAACGGAAGAGACAAGAGAGAAGCAAGCCUGCUAAAAGGAGUAGCCUAGAAAAUAAUCAUUCUGAAGCAUCCAAAAGACCAGUAACCGUUUCUCUAGAAGCUAAGUCUAAGCUGAUAGCAUUUACAGCACCUGAAAGUUUUGAAUCUCAAGCAAACGCUUCCAGUGGAUGCACAGGUGGGUUUGCAGUAUGGGAGCAUGAAAAGCUGGAUUGGUUGCAGGCGGGGAAGAAGAAAGAUGCACACAGGAGACGGCAGGGUGACCCUGAUUAUGACCCGUGUACCCUCUAUGUACCCGAGGACUAUCUCAACAAGUGUACACCAGGAAUGCGGAGGUGGUGGCAGCUGAAAAGUCAAAACUUCGAUGCUGUGAUAUGCUACAAAGUUGGAAAAUUCUAUGAGUUGUAUCAUAUGGAUGCAGUCACUGGGGUAAAUGAGUUGGGCCUGAUCUUCAUGAAAGGUACUUGGGCUCAUUCAGGUUUUCCAGAAACUGCAUUUGGCAGAUUCUCUGAUGUUCUAGUGCAGAAAGGCUACAAGGUUGCCCGUAUUGAGCAAACAGAAACUCCUGAAAUGAUGGAAAUGCGCUGCAAGGCAAUGGCCCACCCAACAAAAUUUGACAAGGUUGUGCGCAGAGAAAUAUGCAGGAUCAUCACCAAAGGCACUCAGACCUACAGCGUUCUGGAUUCUGAUCCCUCUGAGAACCACAACAAAUACCUUCUGUGUGUUAAGGAAAAAGAAGACUUCUCUGGACAGCGUGUUUAUGGGGUUUGCUUUGUUGACACAUCGGUGGGGAAGUUUUAUGUAGGCCAGUUCUCAGAUGAUCGGCAUUGUUCAAGGUUCAGGACUUUAGUAGCACAUUACACUCCUGUGCAGGUGCUGUAUGAAAAGGGCAACCUGUCUGCGGACACUCAGAAGAUACUGAAGAGCUCACUUGUUUCUUGUAUUCAGGAAGGGCUUAUCUCUGGUUCCCAGUUCUGGAAUGCAUCUAAAACACUGAAAGUCCUUCUUGAAGAAGGUUAUUUCAAAGAGACACAGAACUCUGAAGAUGGAUGUUCUCUGCCCCCUGUAAUCAAAUCUCUGACUUCGGAGAAUGACUCGCUGGGAUUAACUCCUGGUGAAAACAGUGAAUUAGCUUUAUCAGCUCUUGGGGGAUGUGUUUUCUAUCUCAAAAAAUGCCUGAUCGAUCAGGAGCUCUUAUCCCUGGCAAACUUCGAAGAGUAUGUCCCUGUGGAUAUCGCUACUGCAAAAACUGUGAGCUCAAGUAGCUUCUUUGCGAAAACUGACCAGCGGAUGGUGCUGGAUGGAGUGACCCUGAUGAACUUGGAAGUCCUGCAGAAUGGAACCAAUGGCACCAUGGAAGGUACCUUGUUGGAAAGGAUUGAUUCUUGUUGUACCCCAUUUGGGAAGCGACUCCUGAAACAGUGGCUCUGUGCUCCGCUUUGUAAUCCCAAGUCCAUCAAUGAUCGUUUAGAUGCUGUUGAGGAUCUUCUGGCAGUGCCACAUAAAAUGUCUGAAGUUUGUGAGCACCUGAAGAAACUUCCUGACCUUGAAAGGCUGCUCAGCAAAAUUCACAGUAUUGGAUCACCACUUAAAAGUCAGAACCACCCAGACAGCAGGGCCGUCUUUUACGAAGAAGUCAAAUACAGCAAAAAAAAAAUUGCUGACUUUUUGUCUGCGCUGGAGGGGUUUAAAGUAAUGAAUGAAAUUGUUGAUGCAAUGGAAGAAAGUGCCGGUGACUUCAAAUCUAAGGUCCUCAAGCAGCUAGUCACCCGCAAAGCGAAAAAUCCAGAUGGCCGCUUCCCAGACUUGAGUGCAGAGCUUAAAAGGUGGGAUACUGCUUUUGACCAUAACCAGGCUCGAAAGACAGGAGUGAUUACUCCCAAGGCAGGCUUUGAUCCCGAUUAUGAUAAAGCACUACAGGAUAUCAAAGCUGUUGAGGAAGAUCUUAACAACUACUUGGCUCAGCAACGCAAACUGCUUGGGCUCAAAUCUGUUCUGUACUGGGGGGUAGGCAAAAACCGGUACCAAAUGGAAAUACCAGAAAGCGUAGUGUCACGUAAGUUGCCUGAGGAGUACGAGUUGAAGUCAAGCAGGAAGGGGUAUAAGCGCUACUGGACCAAGGAGAUCGAGAAGAUGCUGGCUGCGAUGAUCAAUGCCGAGGAGCGCAGGGACGCAGCGCUGAAGGACUGCAUGAGGCGUUUGUUUUACAACUUUGAUAAGAACAGCAAGGACUGGCAGACAGCUGUGGAAUGCAUUGCUGUGUUAGAUGUCUUGAUGUCCCUUGCUAACUACAGUCAAGAUGGUGAUGGACCACUGUGCAGACCUGUAAUUCUACUGCCUGUGGAUAGUGCUCCUCCCUUCCUGGAACUUAAAAAUUCACGCCAUCCAUGCAUUACAAAAACUUUCUUUGGGGAUGAUUUUAUUCCUAAUGACAUUGUGAUAGGCAGCAAAGAUGAAGACAGCAGUACCAAAGCUUCCUGUGUGUUAGUAACUGGCCCAAAUAUGGGUGGCAAAUCUACGCUCAUGAGACAGGCUGGUCUCCUGGUUAUAAUGGCCCAACUGGGAUGUUACGUACCUGCUGAAGUCUGCAGGCUGACACCGAUUGACAGAGUCUUUACGAGGCUUGGGGCCUCAGACAGAAUUAUGUCGGGUGAAAGUACCUUCUUUGUUGAAUUGAGUGAGACUUCCAGCAUUCUCCAGCAUGCAACAGAGCACUCCCUUGUUCUUGUGGAUGAACUGGGCAGAGGCACAGCUACCUUUGAUGGCACAGCUAUAGCCAGUGCAGUGGUGAAAGAACUGGCAGAGAAAAUCCAGUGCCGGACACUGUUCUCCACCCAUUACCACUCACUGGUGGAGGAUUAUUCCCACAACGCGGCUGUGCGGCUGGGGCAUAUGGCAUGUAUGGUUGAAAAUGAGAGUGAAGAUCCAAGCCAGGAAACAAUUACUUUCCUGUAUAAGUUCAUUGAAGGAGCCUGUCCAAAGAGCUAUGGCUUCAAUGCAGCAAGACUUGCUAAUAUUCCAGAGGAGGUUAUUCAGAAGGGGCACAGAAAAGCAAAAGAGUUUGAAAAAAUUAACAUUUCACUGAGAGUAUUUAGGUACCUGUGCCUGGUGGUGGAUGGUGCAACACGUGAUGCAAAUGCUGUUCAGAAACUUACCACUAUGAUAAAUCAUCUUUAA